UUUUUUUUUGUUAUUUUUAAAACAAAAAGCUUAGCUAAAUAGUAAAUGACUGAACAAUAUAGAACAAAUAUUGAAGCAAUAUUGAAAAACUCUGAUCUUUCAACGAUUACCACAAAAAAAAUCAGAAAGGAAUUAGAAGCUCAAAUUGGAACAUCUUUAGAUCAUGUAAAAAAGGAAAUUAAUACUUUAAUUGAACAAGUUUUUUUGAGUUUCCAACAACAAGCUUCUACUUCUUCGCAAGAUUCGGAACGUGUUUUAAAGAAAAAAGAUACGUCGAUUAAAAAGACGACUGCUCCUACUAUUAAAAAGGAAACCAAAAAAAAGAAGCAACAGCCCAAGAAGCCUAUCGAUUGGCCUGUGUAUAAAGUGACUUCACCUUUAAGUGACAUUAUUGGAACCGAUAUAUGCUCUCGUCCUCAAACUGUUAAAAAGAUGUGGGAAUAUAUUAGAAAGCAUAACUUACAGUCAGAAACAGAUAAAAGAAUCAUUAAUUGUGACGAUAAAUUCAAGCUUUUGUGUGAUAAUUUAGAACAAGUGAGUGCAUUCACUAUUAACAAAUAUACACAAAAAUAUUUCGAAAAGAUUCCAGCUGAAGAGCAAGCCAACUAUAAAAAGAUUCUCCAAGAUAGAGAAGAAUUACAAAAAUAAAGCGCUUUUCCACAUCAAGUAAUUUAUUUUAGCUUUUCUUUUCUUUCUUUUUUUUCCCUCCUUCUGUGAAAGAAGAAAUAUAUGAUUACAUGUAUAUAAAUUGUUCUAAAGUUGAAUUUUAAAUGUUUUUCCUUGAAGACCUUGCAGAAGACUCUGCUAAAGAUAAAAUAUACACCUAUUUUUUUAAUAACGCACCUUUGAACAAAGAGAAUGGUGUUGCUUCUCCCCCUAAUGCCAUUUGUAUCAAGUAAAAAUACAUGUUAUAUAAAUAUAUAUAUAUUCAUGCAUAUAAGACUAUAUACAAACUAUUCUAUAUGUUUAUUCUUUUUGUUUUGUUUCUCUCUCUCUCUCUCUUUCUUUCUUUCUUUCUUUUAUUUAAACUAAAC